AUGCGAAGAGCUUCCUUAUCCUGUCUUCUACAUCUUCAACAGCACUCUUUCCACUCAUCUUCUUCUCCUUCUAGAACCUAUCUCUUGAAUUGUAUUAGGAAUCUCGAAAACGUUGAUUCUGCCUUCAACUUCUUUCACAAAAUGAUUGCAAUGAAGCCUUUCCCUAACGUUAAAGACUUCAACUUAUUGUUCGGUUUCGUUGCAAAGACGAACCAUCACGCAACCACCAUCUCCUUAACCAAACACGCUCAUUCUUCAGGUCUCAAACUCGAUGUUUGCACUCUCAAUAUUAUCAUCAAUUGUCUCUGCCAUUUGAACCACACGGCCUUUGGGUUCUCUGUUUUGGGGCUAAUGUUCAAGCUUGGUUUGGAACCCACUUUGGUGACUCUUAACACCUUGGUUAAUGGAUUAUGUUCACAAGGCAAAGUGGGUCACGCUAUUUGGUUAACUGAACACAUGGAGAAAAUGGGGUAUCAAUGCAAUUGUCGCACGUUUGGAGCUAUAAUCAAUGGUUUGUGUAAGAUUGGUGACAUGGGUGGUGCUAUUGAGUGUUUGAAGAAGAUGGGUGAGAGAAAUUGUGAAGUGAAUGUUGUUGUUUAUAACACUGUUAUGGAUGGUCUUUGCAAGGAUGGGUUGGUAUCUGAGGCCUUGAGUUUGUUCUCAGAAAUGAUUGUUAGUAAAGGGAUUCAGCCUAGUGUUGUUACCUACAAUUGCUUAAUUCAAGGGCUUUGUGGGUUUGGUAGGUGGAAAGAGGGUGCUUCUUUGCUGAGUGAGAUGAUGCAAAAGGGUGUCAUGCCAGAUGUGCAAACGUUUUCUAUCUUGGUGGAUGCUUUUUGCAAAGAAGGGUUGGUUUUGGGGGCUAAAGGGGUGAUGAGUUUAAUGGUUCAGAUGGGGGAGGAGCCUAAUGUUGUUACCUAUAACUCGUUGAUUGAUGGAUAUUGUUUAAGAAAUCAAAUGGACGAGGCCAUGAAAGUGUUUGAUUUAAUGGUUCAAAGGAACUGCUUGCCGAGCAUUGUAACUUAUAAUUCAUUAAUUCAUGGAUGGUGUGAGGUUAUGGAUGUUGAUAAGGCUAUUUGUCUCUUGGGUGAAAUGGUUGAUAAAGGGUUGCAUCCGGAUGUUGUUACUUGGAGCAGUCUUAUUGGUGGGUUUUGUGAAGUGGGUAAACCAUUAGCUGCAAAAGAAUUGUUUUUUACAAUGAACAAAUAUGGCCAAGUUCCCAAUCUUCAGACCUGUGCCAUUAUAUUGGAUGGCCUAUUCAAAUGUCAUUUGUAUUCUGAGGCAAUGUCAUUGUUUAGGGCCAUGGAGAAGAGUAAUCUUGAUCUUGAUAUUGUGAUGUACAAUAUUAUGCUUGAUGGAAUGUGCAAAGCUGGAAAACUGAAUGAUGCAAGGAAACUUUUUUCUUGUCUGCCAGCUAAAGGGUUGAAAAUUGAUGCAUAUACUUGUAACAUAAUGAUUAGAGGUCUGAGUAGAGAAGGACUACUAGAUGAUGCUGAAGGCUUACUUUUGAAAAUGGAAGAGAAUGGUUGCCCACCUAAUAGAUGCUCUUAUAAUGUCUUUGUCCAGGGAUUGCUGAGAAAUUAUGACAUUUCAAGGUCAAGAAAAUACCUUCAAAUAAUGAAAGCCAAAGGCUUUACAGUAGAUGCUACCACCACAGAGCUGCUUAUAUUCUUUUUUUCCCCUAAUAAAGGAGAUAAUGCAUUUAAAGAGUUGCUGCAGAACUGAAGUUUGUUUGAAUUUAAUCCCUUUUUCCAUUAUUUGAUGUGGGUUUAUAUCAAGUGUUAAACACUGGUCUGAUCAGACAGUUACCCAUCCUUAAAACCAUUGUGGGUUCAACUGCCCACAACAAUUCAAAACUGGAUGGUAGAAAGUUCAAGGGCAAGCAUAGAAGGAUGUUCAUUCCAACCUGGAUUACGACAAUGAUGCUGUUUUGAAUGAUAAAUCAUCCAAGAGUUCAUAGAAACUUGCAUGUUUUGCCAUGAGAUUAAACCUAUUGGAUGCCAACAAGAUGGAGGCCUUGUUUUUUGAGCUUGCAAUUGCAAGAUUCUGGUUGAGACAUAAUUGUAUAUUUGGUGUCCAUACAUGAUACAUAUAAGGUUGUCACAGCAGAGCAAGAAUCUCCUUUUGGAGAAGGUUGGCAGUGUGUUAUGCCAGUGUGUCCUAAG